AGUUGAAAAACCUCUAUAAUAGCACCACCCUUCUGGCUCCAAGUCCAUUCAAAUAGAAAUCCCAAAACCCCCCCUCCACAUUCCUCACUUUUACCACUCCUCUUCUUCCCUUCCCUUCGCUUCCCUCACUGUAACAUCCACAUUACAGUGCUAAUCAAAACGACAUGUCGUUGAGGCCGAACGCGAGAGUGGAGGUGAGGAGGAACAAGUACAAGGUGGCGGUGGAUGCAGAUGAAGGGAGGAGAAGAAGGGAAGACAACCUGGUGGAGAUCCGAAAGAAUAAGAGGGAAGAAAGCUUGCUUAAGAAGCGACGUGAGGGACUUCAGGCCCAGCAGCAACAGCAACAAGUUACCUCUUCUCUUAACAUUUCCGCUUCUGAUAAGCCGCUAGAAACUCUUCCAGCAAUGAUUGCUGGUGUUUGGUCAGAUGACAAGAAUAUACAGUUUGAGGGAACAACUCAUUUCCGAAAGCUGCUCUCAAUAGAACGCAGUCCUCCCAUCAAUGAAGUUAUACAAUCAGGGGUUGUCCCCCGCUUCAUCGAGUUUCUUGCAAGGGAUGAUUUUCCACAGCUUCAGUUCGAGGCGGCUUGGGCGCUCACGAAUAUUGCUUCUGGGACAUCAGAAAACACCAGGGUUGUAAUUGACCAUGGGGCAAUCCCGAUUUUUGUCAAACUUUUAAGUUCUCCAGCUGAAGAUGUCAGGGAACAGGCUGUUUGGGCAUUAGGAAAUGUUGCUGGUGACUCACCAAAAUGCCGUGAUCUAGUCCUUGGUCAUGGGGCUUUGAUGCCUUUGCUUGCACAAUUCAAUGAACAUGCAAAGCUUUCUAUGUUAAGAAAUGCAACUUGGACAUUAUCGAACUUCUGCAGGGGCAAGCCCCAACCUUUGUUUGACCAGACAAAACCUGCUCUCCCAGCUCUUGAGCGUCUUAUACAUUCAAAUGACAACGAAGUCCUCACAGAUGCAUGCUGGGCACUGUCAUAUCUCUCAGAUGGAUCCAAUGAGAAAAUCCAAGCUGUUAUUGAGGCUGGGGUCUGCCCCCGUCUCGUUGAACUUUUACGUCAUCAAUCUCCAACAGUGCUCAUCCCUGCGCUACGUGCAGUUGGAAAUAUUGUUACUGGAGAUGACAUGCAGACUCAGUGUAUGAUAAACCAUCAAGCUCUCCCAUGUCUUUUGAACUUGCUGACAAAUAAUUACAAGAAAAGCAUCAAGAAGGAAGCAUGCUGGACAAUUUCAAACGUCACAGCUGGAAAUGCAAAUCAGAUACAGGCUGUACUUGAAGCAGGUAUUAUUGGCCCUCUUGUCCAAUUGCUUCAAAAUGCUGAAUUUGAGAUCAAGAAAGAGGCUGCUUGGGCAAUUUCAAAUGCAACUUCUGGUGGAAGCCAUGAACAAAUCAAGUUUCUGGUGGACCAGGGGUGCAUCAAGCCAUUAUGUGAUCUUUUGAUUUGUCCUGACCCAAGAAUUGUCACGGUUUGCUUAGAAGGGCUAGAGAACAUUCUAAAGGUUGGGGAAGCUAAAAAGAAUUUGGGCAACACAGGAAAUGCAAAUCUGUAUACCCAAAUGAUUGAAGAUGUUGAGGGCUUAGAAAAGAUUGAGAACCUUCAGAGUCAUGACAACAAUGAAAUAUAUGAGAAAGCAGUGAAGAUUCUUGAGACAUAUUGGGUGGAAGAUGGUGAUGACUUUGAGGCAUUUCCUCCAGGUGAUGCUUCCCAAUCUGGAUUUCAGUUUGGUGGGACCGAAGUUCCUGUUUCCUCUAAUGGAUUUAAAUUCACUUAAGACAUUUGCAGCACCUAAAGUUCAUGGUGGAAUGAAGCUGAGUGUCCAGGUUUAAAUCAAUGAUUGUUAUUUUUGGAUAGGGAAGUCACAUGCCAUAGGAUCGUUCUCUGGCUAUGCGGUUCAAAAGAUGCUCUGUUACAGAGAUGCUUUAUGUUUGUGAAGAGUCGAGAAUUGCCAUUGCUGGUGGAAUCUACAGAAAGUUUCGAGUCUUUUUUUUACUUUUUCUCAUUUUUAUUUUGCUGGGCAUUAUUUUGUCAUGCCUUGGAUGAAGCUGCUCAUCACAGCUUGCAUCCGUCUGUCGGGUUUACAAGUUAGAGCGAUGAUUGGAAGGAUACGCGUUGCUAUAUGUUCUUCUUCUUAAGGUCAGAACAGUUUGGAAUCUAAGGAUUGCCUUUCUAUUAGAAAAUGUUUCUAUUUUCAGUUUUGAGGGGGCAAUUUUUGUUGUCCGUGAAACAAAAACAAGAAUUUAUGAUAUAAAAUUUACCAUUAUUGCA